AGUAAUAAUUCGAACCUGCUGAAACACCAGAGGACUCACACAGGAGACAAACCGUUUGAAUGUCCUGACUGUGGGAAAAGUUUCAGACAGAAUUCCCACCGGCUGAAACACCAGAGGACUCAUAUAGGAGAGAAACCGUUUGAAUGUCCUAUUUGUGGGAAAAGUUUUAGUGAUAAUUCCAGCCUGGUGAUACACCAGAGGACUCACACAGGAGAGAAACCCUUUGAAUGUCCUAUUUGUGGGAAAAAAUUUAGUAAUAAUUCGAGCCUGGUGAAACACCAGCGGACUCACACAGGAGAGAAACCCUUUGAAUGUCCUGACUGUGGGAAAAGUUUCAGGCAGAAUUCUCACUUGUUGAAACACCAACGGACUCACACAGGAGAGAAACCCUUUGAAUGUCCUGACUGUGGGAAAAGUUUCAGACAGAAUUCUCACUUGUUGAAACACCAGAGGACUCAUACAGGAGAGAAACCCUUUGAAUGUCCUAUUUGCGGGAAAAGUUUUAGUAAUAAUUCAAGCCUGGUGAAACACCAGUGGACUCACACAGGAGAGAAACCCUUUGAAUGUCCCGAUUGUGGGAAAAGUUUUAGUUGCAAUUCCAAUCUUGUGAGUCACCAGAGGACUCACACAGGAGAGAAACCCUUUGAGUGUCCUAUCUGUAGGAAAAGUUUUCAUUAUAACUCCAACCUUGUGAAACACCAGAGAACUCACACAGGAGAGAAAACCUUUGAAUGUCCUGAUUGUGGGAAAAGUUUCAGUCAGAAUUCCCACCUGGUGAUACACCAGAGGACUCAUACAGGAGAGAAACCUAUUGAAUGUCCUACUUGUGGAAAAAGUUUUAGUAAUAAUUCAAGCCUUGUGAUACACCAGAGGACUCAUACAGGAGAGAAAUCCUUUGAAUGUCCUAUUUGUGGGAAAAGUUUUAGUAAUAAUUCGAGCCUGGUGAAACACCAGUGGAUUCACAUAGGAGGGAAACCGUUUGAAUGUGCUAUUUGUGGGAAAAGUUUUAAUCGCAAUUCCACAUUGGUGAUACACCAGAGGACUCAUACAGGGGAGAAACCUUUUGAAUGUCCUCUUUGUGGGAAAAGUUUCAUACAGAAUUCUGACCUGGUGAAACACCGGAGGACUCACACAGGAGAGAAACCCUUUGAAUGUCCUGACUGUGGGAAAAGUUUUAGUCGCAAAUCCAACCUUGUGAGGCACCAGAGGACUCACAGAAGAAAAGAGAAACCCUUUGAAUGUCAUCAUUGUGGGAAACAUUACUGUCAGAAUUCCCACCUGGUGAUACACCUGAGAGAAAUCAUUGAACUGUCCAGGCUGUAGAUGUUAUUUCAAGCAUAAAUCAUCCCUUAUUGCAGACAAAUA